GGUAGAGGGCUUAUAUAUAAUUCUAAUUUCUAUUUUCUGGCUGGGGUAUAGCUAUAGAUAAGAUAUCCUGGGGUGUCACCGAAAAAACCGGGUGAAUUUCUUGUUGUCUCUGCCGGGUCCAGGAAUUUCUCUCUCUAUAGGACCAGUGCCAGUUGGCGUGAUAAGAUAAGCGCUUUAUAAGACCUCUAAGCCUGAGAGUUCUGUUCCAUUUCGUAAAUAAUGUUCAGUGUGAAGUACUUCCAUUCGCCCCUCCUCCAAUUGCGGACUCCUUGUCAGAAGAGUUAUCAAGCGCAAGGGAAAAGACUAGCAAGCCAAUUACAGUCUUAAGGGUUGGUGUUCGAAUUCUCUUCUCAUUGGAUCCAGUUGGAAUUGUAGUUCUCUUUGCUGUUGUGCCAAGCGAGGGAGUUCUUUGAUAACUCUACCGGUGCAGGCAAGUUUACUCGCUUCUCCUCGAAUUGCAUAAGAAAGAUGGUUCUGGAGAGAAAUCCUACCCGCAAGCAUUUGCUUAUAGAAUGGUGGAGGGAGGAAGAGGUAGCAAUACAUUCCGCCUGAUGCUUGAUCACUGCAUUCGUGAUAUAUCAAAUGAGCUCUCCGAUCUAUGAUGAAUAGUUCCUUUUAUAGGAUCAUAUUUCUUUCUAGUCCUAAGCAUUUUAAUUGGACCUUUCUCCUUGACUUCAGUUUUGGAAUAUUUUCAUACGGGAUUGGAACGACCUAUGUUGUAACGGAGGAGAGAAGGUGAACCAGCUUCCUUUGGUCGCCUCUCCCGUCUGGUCGAGUAGCUUUCGCUCCUUCCUACUUACUUAAUUAUAAGCGGUGGCCUAUUGGGAGCUUUUUAGUCAUAGUGGGAGCUUUCGGAAAUCACUUUGCAGGUCAAGAUCAUAGGAAGAGGGAAGAACAAGGGAGAAGAUCUUUUUUAAAAGAAGACGAUUCCAAAACAAAAGAAACUCAAAACGGAGAAUAGGAUGCCUUAAAGGUAAGGUAAAUAAGAAGAAUCAUAAAUUAAAAAGAAAAUAGCUGCCUAGCCCGCGGGAAACAGAAGGUUAGGAAGGGAGAAAGGAGAUUUUCCAAGACUACUGAAAGAGCACAGAUUCGGCUUGGGAGUUCUCACUCGGGCUACUAAUCUCCUCUUCUCCUACUCAUAAGAACCAGAACAGGCACUCGUAAUCGUCCCUAACCUCUGUCUCUAACCUAUUCCCUUUCCUCUGUCCUUUUACCCUUUGAACAGCAAGCCGGAACUGGAUUACAUUUCAAUAGAGAAAGCUAUCAAUGGUCACAUUGAGACGGGAACAGAUGGGAAGUUCGCCCUCCAGUUCUAUUCCUUUGGAUGAGACGGCGGUGAGCAAUCGAUAGAGAGCAAGGGAUGCUAGCGCUCUUCUACUCAUAUUCCUUGCUUCAGUUGGUUCAGGAAGCUUUGGCAUCGAGACGCAUUACGAUAGCUAUAGCUAGGCCGGGUGGGAUUCUCUAUCGGAUGGUUAUUCAUCAAGUGGAUCCUUUGCCCCUUACCUCAGUAGCUGGGAAGGCAGGCCCUUAGCUUCAACUAGUUCAGUUUGAGUUCAGGAGUAGUUGCAUUGCUAGUAGGCAGAAAAUCAGUAGUGCGUUAGCUUAUCUGUUCAUUUUCAAACAACCCUUGUUUGUGCUCCUUUAUCUUUCUAAGCCGCUCUCGCUAGCAGGGAAUCUAGUUCAGCAAGGUCCAUACCUCCAUACCAUAGGGUAGGGUGAGCUCGCUUGAAGCUGGGGCGCGUCUGGUGGUAUCGUAUAUAAGAUCACACGGCUGCUUUUAGGAGCGAUCUGUUCAUCCAACUCGAAAUCUCGUAAGAGAAGAAUCUGACGCCCAAAAUUCUAAUUCUUAUGUCUUUCUUGGCCGGCAAUUUACGACAAGUCUUUCUGAAUUUUCGCGAGCAAAUUACAAUAAAAAAAAGUUUAAUUAAACAUGGAUAUAUUUCUUUCUGAUCACAUCACUACACUUGCAGUCGGACUUAUUCUUUCGAUAGCUAUUUUUGGUGCUUUUAAAGCUGGCCAAGUUUUUGAACGAGCUACUAUUUCGGAACGUAUACAUGAGGUGGAUCUAGAAAAACUAAAACAAAAGACCGCUAGAGAUGCUUUGGAAACAUUAUAAUGAUACGAAUGUCAAUUUACCAGAAGAACUCAGUUUCAAAGACAUAGUGGAACAUUCCUUUAUUAUAGACGAGAAUAUAAAAGAACAAAUUCUCGGGCUAAACAAAAUCUAUUUGGAUCUCAUUAGUAAUGGCACGGGCAGUAGCUACUUUGUUUACAUUCUGGAUACGUAUGGCCAUAUUGUGGGUAUGUAGUUAGGACUUGGUUUUUCUAUUAACUUUUUUCUCGUACCUUAAACCACCUUCUAGACUUUCGGCGGAAAAAGAAGAAGAGUAUGAAAGCAGGAGUUCGGGACUUUCCUUUCGCCUGCAACAAAUCGUAAAGUCGUCGCGCCGGGCCCCGGUGUCGAGCAGAGCAUUCAAAGAAUGAAGUUUUUAAAAUAACUGAAUACUUAUUCCUCACAAUUACUCCUUGUGAUGCAGCGGAACCAUGGCAAUUAGGAUUUCAAGACGCAGCAAGCCCUAUGAUGCAAGGAAUAAUGGACUUACAUCACGAUAUCUUUUUCUUCCUCAUUCUUAUUUUGGUUUUCGUAUUAUGGAUCUUGGUUGGCGCUUUAUGGCAUUUCCACUAUAAAAAGAAUCCAAUCCCGCAACGGAUUGUUCAUGGAACUACUAUUGAGAUUCUUUGGACCAUUUUUCCUAGUCUCAUCCUUAUGUUCAUUGCUAUACCAUCAUUUGCUCUCUUAUACGCAAUGGACGAGGUAGUAGUAGAUCCAGCCAUUACUAUGAAAGCUAUUGGACAUCAAUGGUAUUGGACUUAUGAGUAUUCAGACUAUAAUAGUUCCGAUGAGGAGUCACUCACUUUUGACAGUUAUAUGAUUCCAGAAGAUGAUUUAGAAUUGGGUCAAUUACGUUUAUUAGAAGUUGACAAUAGAUUGGUUGUGCCAGCCAAUAGUCAUCUACGUCUUCUUGUAACAUCUGCUGAUGUACUUCAUAGUUGGGCUGUCCCUUCCUUAGGUGUCAAAUGCGAUGCUGUACCUGGUCGUUUAAAUCAGAUCUCUAUUUUGGUACAACGAGAAGGAGUUUACUAUGGUCAGUGCAGUGAGAUUUGUGGAACGAAUCAUGCUUUUAUGCCGAUCGUCGUAGAAGCUCUUUCUUUGAAAGAUUAUUGUGAUUGGGUAGACAUUCAUCAAUUUUAAGAGGGGAUGGGACUAUCCGCGGAUUCAGUCGCAUCAAGCUCAUCAACCGACUCUACCGCGGAUUCCGUAGCAUCAAGCUCAGAAAUCGACCAUGUUGUCAGGGAGCUUGUAGCGUAUUGUGCCACCUAAGGACCCGGCCCCGGAUUCGUUACGCUCUGAAAAGAAGAAGUUAAAAACCUUUUUAAUAUGGGAAGGGAGGAAGCCCGGCCCCAAAAGCAGGUGAACGACUACAUAGAAUCCUUAGCCAUAGAGAAAUCCUCAGUAGGAUUUUGUAACGCUCUCUUAGAGAGAGUACGGUCUUUUCAAAGUGAGCACUAACGGAAAUCCUACACCGUUUCCCUUCGAUUCGGAAGAGGAUCAAGCUAAGCUGUUCUCCAUUAUGUGGGACGGCGACCAAGAUAAAGAAUCUUUCUUUUUUACUACAUGUCGUACGGAACGAGCCUUGUCUACGAAGGAGAGCGACCUCAUCUUGCUUGCUUCUGGCGAAGCUUCUAGAAGAGAAGGCCUACUACUACAAUAAAUAGGAGCGAUAGGAAAGCCAAGCAAGCCGUAUAAAGGCGAAGAGCUCGUAUAGCAAGCAAGCCUACUUAUAGCCCUCUUUUCUUUUUCCGCGGGAUUCAACAACUCUAUAUACAGCACCCCGCUCUUCUUUUCUUUUUUUUUCAAGUUCUGUUUCAAAAGUCCACAAGGAGCGCAGACUAGCUGGAAACGGGUUCCCGAUCGGAGUGAACGAGUGUAAAGGUGAGUUGUUCUCACCACGCUACUCUAUCUACGCUAUUAUACCUGGUACGUUACUUCGAAUGGCCCACCUCAAAAGCUUUCUUUACUGCAAAAGGGUAUAAGCAUAAGACCCUUCUUAGAAAGCACUCACUGAGUUAAUUACGGAAUAAAAAAUCCACUUUAUUCGACUUGCAUGUGUUACGCAAAUGACAUUUCCGGGAUAGAUUGGCUAUCCUGAGUGAUAAAGAGGGAUCUUAGGCUCUGGUGACCGGCUUGUCUACUUAGUAGAGUCGCACUUUGGCCUUUAUUAAUAACAUAUAAAUAAAGGGGUUUUCUCGAUCACAACUUCUAUAAUUAUAAUGUCUAAACCAGAGCCAGAGAGAGAAUCAACUUCCUUAUCUAAAUCUAAGAUGCCGAUGUUGCAGUUAAGAGAGCAGUUUCUCUUUUCUGUAUCAAUCGAGGCAAUAGCAAGCAGAGAUAGAGCCGAGCAUACCAGGUAUCCAGAGAAAGCAGCCUAGCUAGCCCGGAAUGCCAGUCUAACACCAGUAUAAGCACUAUUGGUAGAGCUUUCAAUCCACAGCUUCGACUUGUCUAACUGGAAGAUAGAACAACAUUAGAUAGGGAUAGAGAAGAGAUUGGUUACAGAUAAGAAAUAGCAUAGCAAUUGCCUUAUCUUAUUAAAGCAGACAGUUGCUAGUCUCUCUCUUACUUGUCUAGUCGGAGAUAGCACUCUCUUCUAGGAUGCCAAUUGGAUAGGUAGAUUGCUAACUCUCAAUCCUAGCAAGCAAGUGAACGGAGCCUAUAAGCAAGCGAGGCAUAUUAGCAAGUUUAUGUGCAGUGAGUCUUGGCAGAUAGAAGCUUCUUGGUGCCAGGAUUCCGGCAUCCAGGACAUACCAGGCCAUAGAGGUUCUUGUCUAGCUUGUUUCCCAGACAGACCAAGCUCCCAUAAAAGAAAGGAGUACAGGCUUGUCAUCCCCCUUAUGCUUUCUCUAUUUUUUCUAUUAAAGGAGGAUAGCAAGCAGGAUGGCUCCAUGUCCAGUCUACUGAUUGGGAGUGAGAGCUGUCUACCUAUUCUAUUGGAUCAGCUAGCUUGUCCCAUCUCUCUUACUGGAUUGGUAUGAGAUCCCAGCU